AUGUACACUGUGCUCCGUACAGUCUAUUCUUCCCUCCACACCGGACUCGGCGCCCACGAUGACCCCGUCACAUCGUCCACCAUGUUUGAAGAACUGACGUCUAUUUUACCCAGAGCGUCGGCCCUUCGGAGGCGUCGAUAUUCCGUCAGGUCAUUUUACUGGUCUCUUGCGAUAUUCACCGUCCUUGCGGCCUUCAGUUGGGGCUUGGGACGAUGGAGCAGUCCCUUGGUCGCUCAUGGCUUCGCAAACCCCUCGCUUAUGAAACGGGAGAAUGAACUAGAGUGCCGCUUGGUCCGCAACGCGAAAGAUCAAUGCGCCUUUGUCCGCUUGAACUGUCUCGAUGAGGAAGACGGUUUCUUCUCGUACCUUCAAUUAUACUACUGCGCCCUCGCACAUGCGAAGCCGCUAGCUUUUAUCAUUAUCGUACUCUGGCUGUCACUGCUCUUCAGUACGAUUGGUAUUGCGGCAAGCGACUUCCUGUGUAUCGACCUAAGCACCUUGGCCAGUCUACUGGGCCUGAGCGAGAGUCUGACAGGUGUUACGUUCCUUGCCUUUGGAAACGGCAGUCCUGAUGUUUUUUCUACAUUUGCUGCCAUGCGGUCCAAUAGUGGCAGCUUGGCUAUUGGAGAGCUCAUAGGAGCUGCAGGCUUCAUAACCUCUGUGGUUGCUGGCUCGAUGGCGCUGGUCCGUCCAUUCAAAGUUGCCCGCAGAAGUUUUGUCCGUGAUGUCGGGUAUUUUGUUAUUGCUAUAAGUUUCAGUAUGGUUCUCUUAGCGGAUGGUCGCCUUCACGCUUGGGAGUCAGCUACCAUGGUGGCACUUUAUUUCUUCUAUGUCGUGCUGGUUGUGACGUGGCACUGGUACAUUGUUCGGCGCCGCCGAGUGCAAGAGAGAAAUAUGGCUGCUCGGUCACAUUUCCAUAUACCGGACAACCAGGAGCUGGACAUCGAAGAGAUGGAAGAUGAUGAUCCUGGAAUAGCGACAGAAUCAACCAGUCUUCUCCGUGGUGCGACCACCGAAGAUUUCGAUGCCCUGGAAAGCGCCGAAGCGCCGGCUUGGACCGACCCGGAUGAGGAUGAUGAAACACGCAAUAGACAUUUUGCGGAGAUUCGAAGUAACAUGCGUGUAUCUCGGCCCUCAGCGCCAAGGCGCAAUACGCUCAAUCCCAUCCGGCCGAGUUUGGUCGGUGCAUUGGAGUUCCAGUCUGUUUUGUCCUCCUUAAAACGGUCGAGGAGCCACAAUAGAAGCCACUCAAUCGGUCUUGAGAGGUACUCAGACAAUUCGGAAAGCGUACAGGGCGAUCGUUCACAGUUCGACAAUAUAUCCAUAGCAUCUCAUCCCCAAAGCAGCCGCACCCAGGGCAACAGUUUUCUGUCUCUCGAUCAAGGAACUAAUCGAACUCGAGCGGUCUCGGCAAACGACGCUAUGGGUUUGAAAUUAGACACCAAUUUCUUCACCAGUGACAAUGCACCGCAACCAAAAUUGACUGUGAGCAGACCUUCAAUCGAGGAUGGAUCUAACACGGAGAUCUCGCAUAUUCUCGAGUCCCAGAAUGGCACAGAGUUUACCAGGUCACCCACGUCUAGUGCAUUUUCAUCGCGCAGUCCAAGCCUGGGCCCAAGACCAGGGUCCAGCGUCCAUAAUCCUACUCUACUCGCACCACCUGAUGUCUUCCAGUCCCUCAACUACUCCGAAGCGGCAUCGGAUUCCCGCUCCACGCCUCAAGUAUCCCCAAAGGGUACUAGAUAUGUUACGGAUGGGCAGGACAACAACUCAUCAGGCGCACCCAGUCCCUUCCCCCCAUUUCAAGAUGUGCCUGGGUCACCAUUAUCCACGGCGCCAAGCAUUCGUCUGCCCGCCUCAUUCAGUCCAGCAGAGCCGUUACAGUACCAGGAAGAUACGUUUGACAGUGGCAGUCGACUUACAUCUCCGGUUAAUUGGUGGCCUCGAUCGCGCUCUUUACUGCGGCUGGUUGUGUCUACACUCUUCCCAACCCUGGAUGGGUGGAAAGCCAAGACAAUUUGGGAGAAAAUUCUAGGCAUUGUCGCCGCUCCUAGCGUGUUCCUUUUGACAAUCACCCUCCCCGUGGUCGACCCAGUAUCUCCCGAAGUUACGUCUGCUACUGUGCCUGUCAUUGUGACUUCUGCAGAAGAUGAUCCGAGCGCAGCAACGCCUAUUGUGCGCCUACCAGAGGAUAGUCCACAACUCCAAGCUCACAUCUCAGAGUCUGUUGCAGAGCGAACAGUAGCAGGUCAAGAUAACAAAUUCCAACUGGAUCGGUCUCGGCAGCGCUACGACUCUGAGCUUCCCGCCGUGCAAGAUCCUGCUCCAACAACACGAGAAUGGUACCCGUGGCUGGUAUAUAUUCAGCUCUUUACAGGCCCCCAAUUCGUAGCCUUGAUUUCUUGGUCCGCGAUAGACUCAGACCUGACGGCACGCACCUUCCUGCUCCUUUCACUAUGCGCCGUGGUCUUCACUCUUGUAUGCCUCGGUGCUCUUCUCGUCAGUGAGCGCCGAAGCCCCAGCUCCUUAGGCCAUCCGCCGACCUCGUGGCGCCCAGUUCUUGCAUUUCUGGGCUUCAUUGUUGCCAUUUUCUGGAUUGCAACCAUUGCCACAGAGGUCGUCAGUCUCCUCAAGACCCUUGGCGUCAUCCUCAACAUCAGCGACUCUCUCCUCGGUCUCACCGUUUUUGCCGUCGGAAAUUCUCUCGGCGACUUGGUCGCCAAUAUCACCGUUGCCCGUCUUGGUUAUCCAGUCAUGGCACUAAGCGCCUGCUUCGGUGGCCCCAUGCUCAACAUCCUUCUUGGGAUCGGCCUCGGUGGGCUAUAUAUGACCCUACACACUACGAAGGGCCAUACCAGCGAUGCCGCCGACAUCACCUACGACAUCGCCGUCUCCAAAGUCCUUGUUAUCAGUGGCGCUACGCUUUUAACGACCUUGGUCGGGUUACUGAUUAUAAUACCUUGGAAUAAGUGGCGGAUGGACCGCAAGAUCGGUUGUGGUCUUAUUAUUCUGUGGUGUGUGAGCACUUUAAGCAACGUGAUUGCCGAAAUCGUCUCUUGAACCAAUAGAGAUUUUGGGGUGGAUUGCCUUUUUCGCCUUUGGUUUACGAUACACCUUUUGCAUACGUAAAAUGUAGGACACAGUUCCUUGAUGACAAGUAAUGAGUAUUCUUCAGGAGCCUUGCAUU